GUCUGACCUGCCAGGCUGGAACUGGUUUUACUGAUUACCUCCAGGCAGGUGUGUCUCUGGCUAGUACUUUUAAGCUGUGCAUUGCACUGAUAACCGAGGAUAGCGGAGCAGGACUUGGAGCUGAGCAGAGAGGAGAUGGCAUCAAAAGAUCUCCCCGCACCUGUUACCAACAUAGAAGCGGACAUACCAUCUGGACUAAAAGUCCUGAGAACGGUGCCAUAUGCUUUUAUCGUACCAGAGCUAAUCCUUGGCUGCUGGGUCUGGAUCCUGGUGGCGGCCACCACGGUGCACUUCCCGCUGCUGCAGGGAUGGGUGAUGUACGUCUCCCUCAGCUCCUUCGUCUUCUCCUUGCUCUUCCUCUUGUGUUACCUCUUCGGGUUCCACGGGAACAGCAAUUCGUGGAAAGUCGUGGAUAGUCUGUACCAUGGAGCCACGGCCAUUUUCUACAUGAGCGCUGCGGUCUUACAAGCUAAUGCAACAAUCCGCUCUGAGACAGAGGUGUCUGCAGAACUUAUUCCUCGCUACUACCAGAUCAACACCGCUGCCUCGUUCUUUGCUUUUAUCACGGCUCUGCUGUAUAUUUUACAUGCCUUCAGCAUCUACUAUCACUGAAGACAGCUGUCAAAGAGAGCAAAGGUGUGACAGACACACGAAACAGUGACACCUGGACUUUGUGUACCCAAAACCAAUGGCUUCAUGGAUUAAGAACGGAAUGCAGUGUAAAUUUAGGUCAUUCAGAGCCUACCUCUGCUUCUUUUUAAUUUUAAAGGGUAUUUUGUUUUGUAAAUCUAUGUUGAAAUCGUAAUUUUUAUGCUGUCUCGUCUAUUUUCUGUCUGAAAACAGCGUAGUUUGGGGAAACGUUUGUUCAAGAGACCCAACACAGAAUCUUGGCAUCUUCUCUUCCCUGCGUAUCACGGUGUCUCGGCUGCUGGCUAUUUCCAAAGGCGCUCCGGAUGUGCUCGUGGUAGGGGUGAAAUACCUUACUGGAAAAUAUAAAUGUUUCUUGGAUUUCUUAUGCCAGCUCCUUUGUUAUAUAUUGUAGUUAGUUGAGUUUUUCUAUCAUUCCAGUGAAAUUAUGGCUCCUCUGAGUUCAGUUUGGUUAGCCUGGCUAAGCCCGUAGUUCAAGCUCUGUUUGACUCUUUGGUCAGAUCUCAGCAUCUCCGAGAAGUGGGCAACUUUGCAUCCUUCUGGGUCAUUGGUUGUCACAGGCCUGGCUAUUGGAUUUGCCAUUGUCUUCUCAGAUGCCCGACCAGGGGCUGCUGCUGGAGACAG